GGAUUACAAGUGAAAAGUUUUUGUAGAUUUGCUACUUUUUCAAACGAACAAUUUCGAAUGACGUAAAAUGGCGAACGAUGAUCGCAUGAUGGCGCUACCUAACGGAGGGAGAUGUCGCUCUGAUAAACGUAAUGCCACUAUCAACAGCUGCACUGCGCUAACCUGCGAUUGAGUGUAAACUGGUGCAGUGUAGCUUAUUCUAUUUUUUACCAUUUAUUAUUGUAUAGAUAUUAGUGUUAUUAGUGUACAAACAUGAGGUGAUCAUACUUAAGGCUAAGUUAAUAGUGAGGUGAUUAGAGCUGGUUUUUAAUUGUGAUAAAUAUACGAAAAUAUCCUAUCAAAAUGACAUCAUUUUUAACUGAUGUACUGAUCACAGCGGGAAAAUUGGAAAAAGUUAAUUUACAUGAAAAGAUAUCAGAAAUACAGAAAGAAAUAACGAAAUUAAAGUACGAUGUCAAAGAUUUUAUGGAUGAUAAUUAUGUCGAGUUUACGUCGAAACUCACAAAAGAUCAGCAUUUGGUAUCGAAGGGAGAAAAAUUACUCGAAGAAAUGAAUGCGUUGCAAAAAAAGAUAGAUACUCAGGUUAAGAUAGAAUUAUCUGGUUCUACGAAAGAAUUAAAAACUCUCUCUCAAGCGUUAAAGGAAUCAAACGUAAUGUUACAACUUUCCAAUCAACUCUUAACUCUACAUGAAUGCAUAAAAUCUGUAAAAAAUUACCAAGAAGAGAAACGGUACGUGGAUGCGGCUGAAACAUUAUGCCACAUGCAAACCAUUUUAUAUAAUCCGCAAACGGAUUUACGCGAUCUUGAUAUUUACACGGCGAUCGAAGAAGAAUAUUUAAAUCUGUAUACUUCAUUUUUGUCCGAUACGUCGUCGUUAUUGCACGAGCGAAUAUGUUGGACCGGCGUCGACGAUAAAGACGCAAAGACCGUAACAUUGAACGUAAAAAAUGAGGUGGACGACAUGCAGGAUUUAAUUCAGGGUUUGCACCGUAUCGAUAAUCUUUCGAGUCAUCUGCAUAAAUUCUCACUGACGCUUAUGAAUCACAUGAUCAGUCCGAUUAUCAAUGAUGAUUGUUCUGUAUAUGUAAUUGACGAAAAAAUAUUCACCGUCGAAAUAUUAAACAAAAAGAAAUUACCCGGAUACAAAAGUGUACUCUACAAUUUGGAAUUGUUGUUUAAGUUUCUUUAUCAACAUUUUCAAUUUACAAUACACGAUGACCGAACAUUCCUGAAAGAAAUACAACCUCAUCUACUCGAACGAUUAUCAACAUCGUUAAAGGAUGAUUGCAUUUCGCGAAUUACGCCAACAUCGAGCGCCGACUUAAAAAAUUUCACACCCAUUGUUCAAGCCAUCAAUGAUUUUCAGUAUUUCUUGGUCAAAAUUGGUUUUAUUACAAACGAUCAACUCUUUUUAUCAGAAUAUACGAAGAAUAUCGAUAAGCUAUUAAUAAAAAAAAUUUGUCAGGAUUUAUUAGCGAAAGCGCGAACCAUUAUGAAGAAAGAUUUACAUGAUUGCAUUACAUACGAGCCGCAGAAGCCACUUGAAUUCCCAGAAGAUACAUACGAUUAUAACGAGAUAAAGGCGUAUAAAAAAUUAAGCGACGAUACGUUUCAGCUUCCUAAAUGUCAAAUAAGCACCAGCGCGAGAGAAACAUUAAAUCUCGCGAGAUAUAUCUUGGAUGAAGCUUGUAAUAGUUCGGAUACCUGUGCUAUGCAACUAUUUUAUACUUGUAGAAAUGUUUUUGAAAUGUACGCAGGAUUGGUACCGGAACACCACCGAAAAUUUUUAGAAACAAUACCGCAGCAAGUCGCUAUGUUUCAUAACAAUUGCAUGUAUCUCGCGCAUCACCUGCUCACAUUGGGACACGAGUAUAGGGACAAAUUACCAGAAUCCUUGCAUAAUCUUAAUUUAACUUUCGCGGAUCAAGUAUUAAUAUUGAGAGAUGUCGGAUCAUCCUGCUUUUUAGAGCACAUGAAGUACCAACGAAAUAUUAUUUUUGAUAUUCUUAAAGAAUCUGGCUUAUCCGCUUUGGGUCAAACUUCCGAAUUACAUCCCAGUACUGAACGUGCAAUGAGACAGUGCAUUAGACAGCUGGAAUUAUUAAAAACAGUUUGGGUAGAUGUGUUACCUGUGAAUAUUUACUGUAGAGCUGUAGGAUGCAUUAUGAACUCAAUGGUCGAAGACUUAAUAAUCAGAGUGAUAUCUGUUGAAGACAUUCCCGCUGAUGUUGCUACCGAAUUGGUAACAUUAUUUAAUAUGAUCGUUAAGCGUGCACCACAAAUAUUCCCGGUUCAUGAAAAGAUUCAUCAACAUGUUAGAAAGUGGGAGAAAUUUUUAGAAUUGAUUCAAGUUCUGGGUGCAUCACUGAAAGAAAUCGAAGUAAGAUGGGAUAACGGUAAAGGACCACUCGCGCGAGAAUUUACAGCACCCCAGGUUAAACAAUUAAUUAGAGCGCUAUUUCAAAAUACCGAACGCAGAUCAAAUUUAUUAGCUAGUAUAAAAUAAUGCUAAGCUUAAAAUUAUGUAUAUAAGAAAUAAACGAUUUUCAUUUAUUAAUUUUUAUAACAAAUUAUCAUUAACAGUAUAAUUGAUAUAAAAAUAUGAUAAGAUGAUUAAAUUCAUUUCAACGUAAUAUUAUUUGGUUAUACUGUUAAUAUUAAAAUAUCUCUUAUUAGAGACUUUUAGAGCUUCUCUUUUCAUAUUUAUACCGUAAUACUUACGUUUAUAACGUGUUCUUCACAUAAUCAAAAAUUAUUAAUAGAGGAUAAAAAUGUAUAAAAAUCUACACUUAAAUUUUUUUUCACAUCCACGAAAUGCUAUCUACCAGCAUACAUAAACCUUUGAUAAUUUAGCAACCAUUGUUUAUACUUUGUAGUUAUCGCGAAUGGUCAUCUCUUUUUCUUUUAUCAAUAUGAAUAAGAAGAAAUCGGUAAGUAUUGAAAAUUCUAAAAAAGUAGGCAAGAGCAGGCAGGCAGGGUGGCGGAGAGUAGUGAGAGCAAAUCAUUUAAUAGAUAUCCAAUUCCACAUCAUUUACAGCAAUGGCAAAACAUUAUUACCACAAUUUCGUUAUCCUUUCACUCGAGUAUCCAUAGCAGUAAAUACUCCAAAGUUUCCAAAUGCAAUACUAUUUCUGCAGAUAUACUCCAAGGCCAUGAUUCAAUUAUAAUUGAAUUAUAUUUAACGAAUCAAUUUUGCAGCUUUUUAAACCUUAAUUUUGCAUGGCAUAUAAAAAUUCGUAAGGCAAAGUUGUACAGUUCAAUAUAUACGAGCAGUAGUGUGCAUUUGGCUAAAAUUGGCAUUCUUCUUGUAAUUUUUUCAAUUUUUAAAUAAUAUUAUUACUAUUCAUUAAAUAAUAUACGUGUCUAUAAUGGACGAUAAAAAGUUGUAAACGAUUAAAUGUUAAUAAAAAAAAAAAAAA